AUGUUUGUACAAAAAAGAAAGCUUGUCGAACAUGUCCUGGCAAUGCGCGGUGGAGGCGACUCCAGCAGCGACGAGGAGGAGGAGGACGAGGGAGACAUUUUGCAGCGACGACGGGAAGAAUGCGAACGCAAGGCUCGGCGUGGGGAAAUGGACCCCCGAUUGGAGUUCACGUUCCAGCUGCUGAUUGAUGCCACACAACUGCCCAGGCACCAGCUCAUGGAUUACAUAUUUGAAGGGGACAUGCUGGACGAAAUCAAUCAGCUCUUCCUACCGAACAUGAAGAACAAGCUGCUCUGGUUCUAUCAGGAAGUGGACGGACAGGAGCCACAGCCAGUUCUGGACGCCAAGCCGGGCACAUCGCGCUCGGGCAUGGCAUCAAGCAGCUCCAAGACACCGCAGGGCGGUGCCUCGCCCAAUGGAUUGCCUUCACAAAAGCAAAAGAAAUUGUUUCUCACGGAUGGAUGGACCUGCGCUUUCACCGGAGUGUGCAUCUAUAUAUUUCGCGUAAAUACCUCCAAGCAGCUUCCCGAAGAAGGAUUUCAGAAGGACCUAUACUGCGGUGUUAUUGAUGCGAAAAAUAUUGGCUUGGUUGCAUCUAUUGAGCGCAUAGUCGAAUAUGUAUUCAUGCAGGCCUUGGCCUUUCCCAGUCUGGAGGCUGACGAGGAAGACGUCAGCUGCGGUCUCAUCAAGGGUCAACUAUUGCCUGGACUUCGAUCGUUCUGUAGUGCUCUGCGAGUUUGUGAGCAAGUCUGUGACCAUCAUAAUGUCUUCGAUGACAAAUGCGAUAUGUUCGAGAAGAUAGAUUUGAUCGACGAAGUCAAGGAUAUGGCAAAAAAUCAAGAAUUCUGCGCGCAGCUCGAAGAGCGAGUAAAUAACUGGAUGAAAGGUAUAUUGAAAAUACUGGGAGAGAGCGAGCAACUGCGAAAGGAGAACGACUAUAGUGGGCCGCAGGACGAGCUGGAAUAUUGGAAAAAACGUGGAGCCCAAUUCUCCCAGCUCUUGGCUCAUUUGCAGGACAAGGAGGUGCAAUUUACACUGCACUGCCUCUUCCUGGCUGGGUCCCGAGUGAUGCGCUAUUGGAAGGAAACUGACCGCAAGAUCACCUUCUGCUACAAUGAAGCGCGCGACAACUCGAAGUUUAUUCAGGCCAUGGAGACCUGCUGCCAUUCUUUGUAUUUGGACGAUCCCGUCAGUAUGAAGGAGUCCAUACUGAGUCUCCUGCAAACUGUGCGCCUCAUCUACAGUGUCUCGCAGUUCUACAACACUUCAGAACGGACUUCGGCGCUAAUGGUGAAGAUCACAAAUCAAAUGAUCGAAACUUGUAAAUCGUAUAUCACCUGCCGGUGCAAGGAGACGAUCUGGUCCCAGGAUCGCAACUUGAUUCGCACCAAAUUGAGCAACUGCAUCAAGUUGAAUCAUAUAUACCAUGAAACCUAUUACACCGUGCGGGGACAACCCUUUCUACCAGACCAGACACCCUUUGGAUUUUCAGAAAAUUUCGUUUUCGGCAAAUUUGAUACCUUUUGUGAGCGCUUGUCGAAGAUAAUAAAUAUGUUUAAUCUGAUCGACGACUACAAUCACCUCUUUGAGCGACGCCUAGAAGGACUGUUGCUGGGCGAGGCUCUCGAGGAGGCCUCUAACCAUUUUGAAGAGGCCAAGAAAGAGGUGACAUCUAAGAAGUAUGACUAUCUGGAUCAUCGGAAUAUGGACUUCAACGACGAUUUUGACCGCUUCAUUAACAAAACUUGUACCCUUAAGGACACAAUUGCCAUGCUGAUUGAAACGAACUUCGAAUCUGUUUGGGAAACGCCUCAGUGCAUUCGAUUUCUUGGGCGCUUCGAAAAGGUGAGCGAAAAAAUACCUUUGACAAAAAUGGACGAGAAGUACAUGCGUGUUAUGCGCUAUGCGGAAAAGGAGGUGGACCGUGUUUUAAAGACGUUCCGGAAGCAGCGGGACGAUCCGCCGUUGGCGCGCAACUUCCCGCCUAUCGCGGGGCGUAUUCAUUGGUGUCGGGCCUUGAACUUGCAUAUGAACGAGCUGGUGGACGCCGUCAUGGACCAUCCGGUGCUGAACAAUUUGCCUAUAGCCAGGGAUCUGGAUGCGCGCUUCAAUAAUGUGAAGACUGUGUUGCGGGAAUAUGAAGAUGAAAUUGUGACUAUAUGGUUGGACCAGGAUGUAAGCGUUGCGGAUGCGUGUUUGCUGCAGCCCCUUCUUUGUAUGCAGGGGGAUCGGCUUUUUGUCAAUCUCCACCCCACUAUUCCAUUGCUUAUACGAGAGGCAAAAAUGCUGGCAAAGCUGAACAUUGAGCUGCCGAUUGUUGCGGCGACUCUAAUGAGCCGACAGGAGCUCUUCAUUACCAUUCAAGACUCUUUAAAUAGUCUUGUCAAAAUGUUUCUUUCAACUGUCCGAGCUGUGAAACUGGAGGUACGACCAUUAUUUCUCCCUCAACUGGUUCGUUUGACAGCCAUGCUCAAUCCGGGACUGCAAAAAAUAAACUGGACUAACCACAACUGGACGCAAUUCUACGACCGGUGCAAGCAAGCUAUUGAAAGCUUUGAAGUUCUGGUGGCCCGAGUUCAUGAUAUUUACUCAAAUCGCAUACUUAACGUACUCAUGUGGAUGCAGGACGUAUCGCUGCAGAUACUACCAGGAGAUGAUGAGAUUUGGACGGUGGACGAAUUUCUGGAAAAGAGUGAAGAGUCAUGCAGAAAAGCUGCUAUCGAACUUAAUCGUAAGAGCCAGAUGGUGUCAGAGGCGGUUGAAGAGAUUUUAAGUCUGGUGGACAAAGCCACAGUUGUAUUCAAGGAAAUAGCUGGGAACGAUGUGAUUACAUUAUUUGAUGCUGCAGCGGCCAGCAGUUCCGGUGGCGGUGCCGGUGGUGGAGGAGGAGGAGGUGGUGGAGGAGGAGGACAGCAACAGGACUGGAGCAUAUUAUGGUCCUGCUUUGAAAAUCCUUUGAUACUACUGACAACGACAGACAGCUUGCCGAAAGGAAUGCAGGACAUGGUGUGUAAUGCUGUCGUCGAAAUGCGCCGAUACUAUAGUCGUAAGGUAAUCGACGUACUGAUUAAGGUAAUACGCGCCGCAUUGGACACAAUUCGACGCCGCUUCAUAGCCGACGAGAACGAAACAGCUACAAAGAAGCCGAUUUUCGCACUCCAUGCCAGUUUGCAGAUCCCGAACGUCCUAAUAAAGCCCAACUUGGACGAGCUGCAAGAAAUUUUGGUAACAGCGGGCAAGAAUAUAACGGGAAUUGCCAAGGGUGUGGCUCAAUGGUCCAGCGGCAAAGAUCCACCACAAGUCUCCAUGACGGUGCAACCGCGCACUGGGCGGAACCACAAUGAGGGUAACAACAAGAAUCGUAGGCGUAAGAUCUAUUGCCUAGCGUCGGAGGAGAAGCCACAGAUGCCGCACAUGCUCAAGUCGUUUUAUUCGGCUAUUAUGGACAACAAAGAGGUGGCCAAAGCCUUCAACCAGUUGUCGAGCUGCACCAAAAACAUCAAGCCCGAUAUGCAAACAUAUAUCAAGCGCUGGAAACCAUACCAUUUCCUGUGGAAAAACGAUCGCACAACGCGACAACUAAUGGACUUCGGGCUGCAGGAAUUUGAAUCUACACUGCGUUGUCUCUCUGAUUUGGAUACAAACCUACUGAUGGAGCCGGACGUGGAAAUUUUUGGCCAGUGCAUUGCUGUGUACAAUGAAAGGCUCAAGUAUGGUUUGGCGAUCGAAAUAAAAUCAUGCAAUCACAAAAUCGGACAGGCAAUGAAGAAGAAGUAUAAGAAGGAAAUGGAUUACGUCUAUGCUGUCAUAAACGAAAUGGAUCGUAAGCUGGAUAGACCCAUACGAGACCUGGACGAUGUGCGUAUGAUAAUGGAAACACUGGGAAAAAUUCGCGAGCAAGAGGUUGAUAUGGAGUUACGGAUUGAUCCAAUAGAAGAAGCUUUUAAUAUCCUCACGCGUUACGAAGUACAAGUCGAUCGGGAACAAUUCGACUUGGUGGAUAAUCUACGGAUCACUUUCCAGAACCUGCUAGCUUGCGCCCUGAAGGCUCAAGUGAAACUACUGGAAAUGCAACCGGCUUUCCAGGAUGAUUUGCGCACUAACUUGGACAAUUUCAAGCUGGACAAAAUAUCCUACGUGACGGAGUAUCGUACUGCAGGCCCCAUGCAGGCCGGUUUGACACCACGGGAGGCCUCCGAUCGGUUGAUACUUUUCCAGAAUCGUUUUGAAGGAAUGUGGCGUCGCUUACAGACUUAUCAAAGUGGCGAGGAACUCUUCGGUCUACCUCAAACAGACUAUCCAGAGCUAGGUCAAAUACGAAAAGAACUUAAUUUGCUGCAAAAACUGUACAAGCUCUACAAUGACGUGAUUGAUCGUGUCAGCAGCUACUAUGAUAUUCCGUGGAGCGAAGUCGACAUCGAAGAAAUAAACAACGAGUUAAUGGAGUUCCAAAACCGUUGUCGCAAACUACCGAAGGGCCUUAAAGAGUGGCCCGCUUUCCAUGCUCUGAAGAAGACCAUCGACGAUUUUAACGAUAUGUGCCCCCUGUUGGAGUUGAUGGCGAAUAAAGCCAUGAAACCACGCCAUUGGCAAAGGAUCAUGGAUGUUACUCGCUACAUCUUCGAGUUCGACUCGGAGGGUUUCUCGCUUAAGAACAUAUUGGAGGCGCCGCUAUUGAAGCAUAAGGAGGACAUCGAAGACAUUUGCAUAAGCGCGAUGAAAGAGAAGGAUAUAGAGGCCAAGUUAAAGCAAGUGACAAACGAGUGGUCAGUCCACGAAUUACAAUUCAUGAGCUUCAAUAAUCGUGGAGAGCUCUUAUUGCGGGGCGACACCACUGCCGAAACGAUCGGACAGCUGGAGGACAGCCUAAUGGUACUUGGCUCUCUGCUUUCCAACCGAUACAAUGCACCGUUCCGCAAGCAGAUACAACAGUGGGUUUACGAUCUGUCCAACUCCAAUGAAAUACUAGAGCGGUGGCUUCUGGUGCAAAAUAUGUGGGUGUAUCUGGAAGCCGUGUUUGUGGGUGGCGAUAUUGCGAAGCAACUGCCGAAGGAGGCGAAAAGGUUUUCGAAAAUUGACAAGUCUUGGCAAAAGAUAAUGCAACGGGCGCAUGAGACGCCGGGAGUGGUUGCUUGCUGUGUGGGUGACGACUUGCUAAAGCAAUUGCUUCCCCAUUUGCAAGAGCAGCUGGAGAUAUGUCAGAAAUCCUUGAGUGGAUACCUAGAACGCAAGCGCAUGAUGUUUCCACGCUUCUUCUUCGUGUCAGAUCCAGCUCUACUCGAGAUACUGGGCCAAGCUUCCGAUUCGCACACCAUACAAAAUCACUUGCUCUCGAUCUUCGAUAAUACGCGACACGUUAAGUUCCACGAUAUUGAGUAUAAUAAAAUGAUGGCGAUUAUAUCGAGUGAGGGCGAAAUGAUUCAGUUAGACCGAGCGAUCCGAGCUGAGGGUUCUGUCGAGACAUGGCUAACUCAAUUGCUGGUCACAGCACAGCAGUCACUGCAUUCGAUCAUUCGUACCGCAUAUGCGACAAUAAACGAUCCAAAUUUCACGCUAUUGGGUUUUCUGGAAAAGGUUCCAGCUCAAAUCGGGUUAUUGGGUAUACAAAUGGUUUGGACGCGCGAUGCAGAAAUGGCGCUGAUGCAGGCCAGGCAUGAGAGGAAGGUCAUGUCUGAGACAAACAAUAAGUUUUUAGAAAUGCUUAAUACGCUUAUAGAUCAGACAACGCGGAAUCUAACAAAAAUGGAGCGAACGAAUUUCGAAACCUUGAUCACGAUUCAUGUCCACCAGCGCGAUAUUUUCGAUAUUUUGUGCCGCAUGAACAUCAAGUCGGCAAACGAUUUCGAAUGGCUGAAGCAGUGUCGUUUUUACUUCAAGGAAGAUUUAGAUAAGACUUGGAUUUCCGUAACGGAUGUUACGUUCACCUACCAAAAUGAGUAUCUGGGAUGUACAGACCGUUUGGUCAUCACACCUUUAACAGAUCGCUGCUAUAUAACUCUGGCCCAGGCCUUAACACUGAGUAUGGGGGGUGCGCCAUGUGGCCCUGCUGGCACUGGAAAAACAGAAACAGUCAAAGACAUGGGGAAAACGUUGGCUAAAUACGUUGUUGUAUUUAAUUGCUCCGAUCAAAUGGAUUACAGAGGUCUUGGUCGUAUCUAUAAGGGACUUGCCCAAUCAGGAAGUUGGGGCUGCUUCGACGAGUUCAACCGCAUUGAGUUGCCGGUUCUGUCAGUCGCCGCUCAGCAAGUGGCCGUCGUACUUACUGCUAAGAAGGAGAAGAAGAAAACGUUCCUUUUUACCGAUGGAGAUACUAUUGAGAUGAAUCCUGAAUUUGGAAUUUUUAUAACGAUGAAUCCAGGAUAUGCUGGUCGAAAGGAGCUACCAGAAAAUUUGAAAAUACAAUUUCGCACGGUUGCCAUGAUGGUUCCGGACAGGCAAAUCAUUAUACGGGUGAAGCUGGCCUCGUGUGGCUUUCUUGAGAAUAUCACGCUAGCCCGAAAGUUUUACACACUUUACAAAUUGUGCGAGGAGCAAUUAACCAAACAGGUGCAUUAUGAUUUCGGACUUCGUAAUAUACUUUCUGUGCUGCGAACUUUAGGAGCCGCCAAGCGAAGAAACUCGAAGGAUAGUGAGAGUACGAUUGUAAUGCGCGUCCUGCGAGACAUGAAUCUCUCCAAGCUGAUUGAUGACGAUGAGCCACUUUUUAUGUCGCUAGUGUCGGACUUGUUUCCAAAUCAGACUCUUGAGAAAACCAACUACCACGAGCUAGAAGCAGCAAUUUUGCACCAAACAAAUGAAUCUAGCCUGGUCUAUCAUCCUCCAUGGGUUCUGAAACUAAUCCAGCUGUACGAAACGCAAAACGUUCGCCACGGCAUAAUGACGCUGGGGCCGACUGGUGCAGGAAAAACCACUUGUAUUCAAACACUUAUGAAGGCAAUGACCCAGAUGGGUGAUAUCCAUCGUGAGAUGCGCAUGAAUCCGAAAGCAAUAACAGCUGCACAGAUGUUUGGCCGCCUGGAUGUGGCCACUAAUGACUGGACUGAUGGUAUUUUUUCAGCUCUUUGGAGAAAAACUCUCAAAGUUAAGAAUGGCGAGCAUGUCUGGCUGGUCCUGGACGGACCGGUGGACAGUAUCUGGAUAGAAAACUUGAACUCAGUUUUAGAUGACAACAAGACGCUCACCUUGGCAAAUGGAGAUCGUCUGACUAUGGCUCCAACUGUGAAAAUCAUUUUCGAGCCGCACAAUAUAGAUAAUGCCUCGCCGGCGACUGUUUCACGCAAUGGAAUGGUUUAUAUGAGCUCUUCGGGUCUAGACUCACGGCCAAUCGUUCAAGCUUGGCUAAAAAACCGUGCCCCCGGGGAGAAGUCAAUUUUCUCAGAACUAUUUGAGAAUACAUUCGUGGAAGUGUAUAACUGGGGCGUGCAGAAUGUGAAGCUGCAAAUGCCAGUGCUUCAGUGCAAUGUAGUGCAACAAAUGCUGUUUGUAUUGGAGGGGCUGAUACCCGUGAAGAAGGAGGACGAGCAAGCCGUCAGUUUGUCAAGCAAGGAGAGUCACGAUGCAGCUAGGCGGUUAGAAGCACAAAAACCACUCGACGAAGUACGAAGGCAUUCAAUUAGCAGUCAGGUUGUUGAAGAUGUUCCAGACGAGAUCGCUUUGGAGGAAAAAGAGGACACCUGCACACCUGAACACUUGCACCGCUUGUAUAUAUUCGCGCUCGCCUGGGGCUUGGGCGGUUAUCUCUCUACUAGCGAUCGCGUCAAAAUGAAUCUGUUUGUUAAGGAAUCGUUUCCUAAUUUAGACUACGCUAAAGGUAGUGCUCAAGAAAAUAGCAUAUUCGACUUUUUCGUUUCUCCAACGGGCAUGUGGCAGUCAUGGAAAACACUCGUCACUCCCUACAUGUAUCCGGAGCUUUCCACACCAGACUAUUUGGGAAUUUUGGUGCCUAUUGUGGAUAAUGUGCGCAUCGAUUACCUAAUAGGUACCAUUGCCAACCAGGAGCGUGCCGUGAUGGUGAUCGGCGAACAGGGCACGGGCAAAACAGUCAUUAUGAAAAACUUUAUGAAGAAAAUGAAUUUGGAAACAUACAUGGGCCGGUCAUUUAACUUUUCUUCGGCUACAAGCCCAUACCAGUUUCAACGUACAAUUGAGAGCUAUGUGGAGAAGCGUGUUGGAGUCACAUUUGGGCCACCCGGUGGUCGCAAGUUGAUUGUUUUUAUUGAUGACAUCAAUUUGCCCGAAAUAAAUGAGUGGGGAGAUCAAAUAACAAAUGAGAUUGUCCGCCAAUCCAUGGACAUGAAGGGUUUCUAUAGCCUGGAAAAACCGGGUGACUUUACAACUGUUGUAGACGUACAGUACGUAGCAGCAAUGGGGUUACCGGGUGGAGGGCGCAACGAUAUACCAUCGCGCCUGAAACGCCAGUUUUGUGUCUUUAACUGCAACAUUCCCGACAAUGACUCCACCGAUAAGAUAUUCCGCGUCAUUGGCGAAGGUCACUAUAACGCCAAGCGUGGCUUUCUGCCCGAAGUUCGCAAUCUCAUCAAAAAAUUGAUUGUCGUGACACGACAUCUGUGGCAGCGUACACGGGAAAAGUUGUUACCUACGCCUGCAAAGUUCCAUUACGUGUUCAGCUUGCGCGAUUUGUCACGUAUCUGGCAAGGCAUGGUUGGUACUUUAUCCACAGUUAUCACCUCGGAAAGCGUGCUCAUGGCAUUAUGGAAGCAUGAGUGUACUAGGGUAUUUGCCGAUCGAUUUACCACGUUUCAGGACAAGGAGUGGUUCGGCUCAGAGCUGUCUUGUCUUGUUCGCGAAGAACUCAGUGAAGCCCAUUCUCAAAUGAUAAUUCCGAAUCCGGUGUUUGUCGAUUUUAUGCGCGACGCACCAGAACCUACGGGCGAGGAAGGCGAAGAUACCGAUAUGGAGCUGCCAAAAGUAUACGAACCGGUGAACUCUCAUGAAGUGCUCCGCGAGCGUCUCGUUAUGUUCCUCGCCCAAUUCAAUGAAAUGGUGCGAGGGUCUGGAAUGGAUUUGGUGUUCUUCCCGGAUGCGAUGCUGCACUUGGUGAAGAUCUCCCGGAUCAUUCGGCAUCCGAGAGGAAACGUCAUGCUUGUCGGGGUCGGAGGUUCCGGAAAACAGUCGCUGACGAAAUUGGCAUCGUUUAUAGCUGGCUACAAAACAUUCCAAAUUGCGUUGACGCGUUCGUACAAUGUGGCCAAUUUCCUGGAGGAUCUAAAGCUGCUCUAUCGAACCUGUGGUGUGCAGGGUAAGGGCACAACCUUCCUCUUCACUGAUAUGGAUAUUAAAGAAGAAGGUUUCCUGGAGUAUUUGAAUAACAUACUCUCGAGCGGCGUCAUAUCAAAUUUAUUCUCGCGCGAUGAGCAGGCCGAAAUCGUGCAAGAGUUGACGCCGAUCAUGAAACGCGAAAAUCAACGCAAAACAGCGACCCCGGAAAGUGUGAUGGAAUUUUUUUUGGCCCGAACUUGCACCAAUCUACAUGUGGCCUUUUGUUUUUCACCUGUUGGCGAGACUUUCCGAACCCGCCUCCUGAGGUUUCCAGCAUUAGUGUCCGGAUGCACUAUAGACUGGCUGCAUCCUUGGCCAAAAGAUGCACUCGUUUCGGUUGCUAGACACUUUCUGAGUAACUUCGAGAUUGAGUGUACACCGGCCAUCAAAGAAGAACUUGUUAACGCACUUGGCUCCAUUCAAGAUAUAGUCGCCGAAACAUCUCAUGAAUACUUCCAACGUUUCCGUCGCGCCACGCACGUAACUCCCAAAUCCUACCUAAACUUUAUUUCGGGCUACAAAAAUAUUUAUCAGCAGAAGCAGAAAGAACUGCGCGAUGGUGUGGAAAAGAUGGAUACGGGCUUGGAGAAACUUAAGGAGGCUUCCGCCUCUGUUGAGAUACUUAAAAAAGACUUAGUUGUGAUGGAGGAAGAGCUUGUAGAGGCGUCUAAGAAUGCAGAAUCCGUAUUAGUUGAGGUAACUGAGCGUGCAAUGCAAGCGGAGAUUGUCAAGAAUCAGGUACUUAUCGUAAAAGACAAAGCUGAGGCACUCGUCGCUUGUAUCGCCCACGAAAAAGCACUUGCUGAAGAAAAACUAGAAGCUGCUAAGCCAGCACUCGAGGAGGCGGAGAACGCACUGAACACCAUCAAGCCGGCGCAUAUUGCUACGGUCCGUAAGCUGGGAAGACCGCCGCAUUUAAUAAUGCGGAUAAUGGACUGCGUGCUGAUACUUUUUAAGCGAAAGCUGCACCCCUGUAUACCUGAUUCUGGCACUCCAUGUCCCAAGCCGUCCUGGCAGGAAUCAUUGAAGAUGAUGGCUAGUGCAACGUUCUUGCUUCAGCUACAAAACUAUCCAAAAGAUACAAUUAACGACGAAAUGAUCGAUUUACUCCAGCCAUACUUUCGCAUGGAGGACUACAACAUGGAUAUGGCUCGUCGAGUUUGUGGAGAUGUGGCGGGACUAUUGUCCUGGACAAAGGCAAUGGCUUUCUUUCACAGCGUCAAUAAGGAAGUACUUCCACUUAAAGCUAACCUGACUUUGCAGGAAGCGCGUCUCAAGCUUGCUAUGGAUGACCUGGCUGGAGCCGAAGAACAGCUUAGGGAGCGCGAGGUUGCUUUGCAGGCUGUAAAAGACCAAUACGAUAAAGCUGUAGGGGAAAAGCAAAGGCUAACCGAUGCUGCAAACGUCUGCCUGCGGAAAAUGACCGCGGCCACUGCAUUAAUAAACGGUUUGUCUGAUGAGAAACACCGUUGGACUAACCAGAGUAAGGAAUUUAAAAUACAAUUAGGAAAGUUGGUGGGUGAUGUGCUUCUCGCCACUGGAUUCCUUUCCUACUGUGGGCCCUACAACCAAGAGUUCCGCGCCAACCUAAUCAAAACAUGGAUGGGAAUUCUUAAACAGAAAAAUAUUCCUUUCACGACCGGACUCAACAUUAUUAAAAUGCUCGUGGACUCAUCCACAGUAUCCGAGUGGACUCUUCAGGGCCUGCCCAAUGAUGAAUUGUCUGUGCAAAAUGCUCUAAUAGCCACCAAGUCUAGUAGCUAUCCACUACUGGUCGAUCCCCAGACACAAGGCAAAAUCUGGAUCAAGUGCAAAGAGGACAAAAACGAACUACAAAUUACUUCGUUGAAUCAUAAAUACUUCCGUACACAUCUCGAAGACUCAUUGUCGCUGGGGAGACCUCUGCUAAUUGAAGAUGUAGGAAUCGACUUGGAUCCAGUGAUUGAUAACGUACUGGAGAAAAAUUUUAUCAAGUCCGGUAGCAUAGAAAAAGUGCUUGUAGGCGACAAAGAGUGUGAUGUCAUGCCAGGUUUUAUGCUGUAUAUCACAACAAAGCUGCCUAAUCCGGCAUUUAGUCCGGAGGUGAGUGCCAAGACAUCGAUUAUAGAUUUUACUGUGACAAUGCGUGGCUUGGAGGACCAGCUCUUAGGCCGAGUCAUUCUUAUGGAGAAAUCCGAUUUGGAGGCCGAGCGUGUGGCUCUGUUCGAAACAGUGAUGCAAAACCAACGUAACAUGAAAGAACUGGAAGCGAAUCUGUUGUACCGCUUGAGCUCAUCUCAGGGCUCACUCGUGGACGACGAGGCACUCAUUGAGGUUCUGCGGGUCACCAAAACCACAGCUGAGGAAGUCAACCAAAAACUGAAAAUAUCUGAAGUGACUGAACGUAAAAUUAUGAAAGCCCGUGAGGAAUUUCGAGCUGUGGCGAAGCGUGGAUCUAUUCUAUAUUUCCUAAUUGUCGAGAUGAGCAAUGUGAAUGCCAUGUAUCAGAAUUCACUCAAACAGUUUCUUGUCAUUUUUAAUAGCUCCAUAACAAAAUCGACCAAGUCCAGUGUGACUGAGGAACGCAUUAAUAUCAUAUUGCGUUACCUUACGUACGAAGUCUACAAAUUCACAAAUCGCAGCCUCUACGAGCGCCAUAAGCAGCUUUUUACACUUAUGCUCGCUAUAAAAAUUGACUACCACAACGGCACCAUCAGCCACGAAGAGUUUCUUGCAUUCAUUAAAGGAGGUGCUUCACUGGAUCUGAACGCAGUGACUCCCAAGCCAUUUCGCUGGAUUCUGGACAUAACAUGGCUGAACUUGGUUGAAAUUAGCAAACUGGAUACCUUUUCUACGGUGUUGCAAGUGAUUGAGCUUAAUGAGCGCGAUUGGCGCACAUGGUACGAGUGUGAGAAACCCGAGAACGAAGAGAUACCUUGUGGAUAUCAUGUGUUGCUUGAUGGCUUUAGAAAACUUCUUCUCAUACGUUCCUGGUGUCCAGAUCGCACCAUCUCACAGGCGAAGAAGUAUAUUGAAGAAUCUCUUGGUCCUGAGUAUAGCGAAAUGCAAAUAUUGGACCUAGAGGCUACGUGGAGUGAGUCAGAACCACGAACACCCUUUGUCUGUCUCUUAUCUAUUGGAUCGGACCCCACUACGCAAAUAGGAGCCUUGGCCAAGCAGAAGGGCAUAAUACUUAGGUCCGUAUCAAUGGGCCAGGGCCAGGAGUUUCACGCCCGCAAGAUGAUAAUGGAUUCCAUGAGCAGUGGGGGCUGGGUACUACUGCAAAACGUUCACCUUUCCCUGCCUUUCUGUGCAGAGGUCAUCGAUAUGCUGGUUGAAACGGAUCACAUAGAUGAUUCAUUUCGAAUGUGGGUUACCACAGAGCCCCACUCAGAGUUUCCCAUAGGCCUCCUUCAGAUGGCCUUAAAAUUCACAAACGAACCUCCCCAGGGAAUUCGGGCCAGUUUGAAGCGUAGCUAUCAAUCAUUCACGCAAGACUUUUUGGAUUACACAUCGGCAUCGCAAUGGCCGCCCUUGCUAUACACUGUCGCCUUUUUACAUACUAUCGUACAAGAGCGUCGGAAAUUCGGCCCACUCGGAUGGAACAUACCUUACGAGUUCAAUCAGGCAGAUUUUGCAGCGAGUGUGCAGUUUAUACAAAAUCAUUUGGAUGAAAUGGACCCAAAGAAGGGCGUAUCGUGGCAGACGCUCGUAUAUAUGAUUGGCGAGGUGCAGUAUGGCGGACGAGUGACAGAUGACUUCGACAAACGCCUAUUAACAACGUUCACGUCUGUGUGGUUUUGCGAACAGCUGCUCUCCAGCUCAUUUGAGUUCUACAAGGGCUACAAAGUACCAACCACAAAAAAUCUGCAUGGGUUCAUUGAUUACAUUAACAGCCUCCCAGCUUACGACACACCUGAAGUGUUUGGGUUGCACUCAAAUGCUGAUAUUACUUAUCAGAUCAAUUCCGCCAAAGGUAUACUUGAUACGAUACUUAGCGUGCAACCUAAAGAGGGCGGUGGCGGAGGUGGCGAGACGCGAGAGAGUAUUGUUUACCAACUGGCCGAUGAUAUGCUGCGUAAGCUUCCUUCUCAGUAUAAUGCAUAUGAGGUACGUGAAAACCUUGGACGAAUGGGAAUUCUCCUGCCCAUGAACAUCUUUCUCCGGCAAGAAAUUGAUCGCAUGCAACGAGUCAUCAAGCGUGUGCACUCGUGCCUGUGUGAUUUAAAAUUAGCCAUAGACGGAACCAUUGUGAUGAGCCCAGCCUUGAAAGAGUCUCUGGAUGCUAUGUACGAUGCACGCAUACCCGAGUCCUGGAUGAAGAUAUCUUGGGAGUCAACUACGCUGGGUUUUUGGUACACGGAACUACUGGAGCGUAAUGCCCAAUUCCGCACAUGGAUCUCAACCGAUCGACCGAAAGUUUUCUGGAUGACUGGCUUCUUUAAUCCACAAGGUUUUUUGACUGCCAUGAGACAAGAGGUAACGCGAGCUCAUAAAGGAUGGGCUUUGGAUUCUGUUGUGCUUCAAAAUCAAAUAACUCGAUACAAUAAGGAGGAUAUUACAGAGUAUCCCACAGAGGGCGUUUACGUGAACGGACUGUUCCUAGAAGGAGCAUCUUUGGAUCGCCGCACUGGAAAAUUAAUCGAAUCAAAAAUGAAGGUACUGUAUGAACAGAUGCCGGUAAUAUAUAUAUUUGCAAUCAACACUACUGCGGGAAAGGAUCCAAAAUUAUAUGAGUGUCCUAUUUAUCGAAAACCACAGCGAACCGAUUUAAAGUAUGUAGGUUCAAUCGAUUUUGAGACAGAUUUCAAUCCGAAGCAUUGGACUUUACGCGGUGUUGCCCUGCUCUGUGACAUUAAAUGAAAUCUAUUAACAUUGUUAAGAGAACUAAUCUUUUGGUUUUAAAUGGUUAAAAAUCGACGCAGGAAUA